AUGGACGAAAAAUCAACAUGGUGGAGCAUGGCGAGAAGGUGGUGCAAUGAUGAUGAUGAUGAUGAAUGCGAGGUUGCUGAAGAAAAUGAGGAGAGUAAGCUAGGUUGGAAUGAAAUGGAUCAGCAUGUAGCUCAGGGGAAUGAAGCCUGGUCCGAAAUCACUCGGAAAAGAUGUGUUUGA